GGUUAGAGGCGUGCGUGACGCGUGUAGCUGUGGCAGACACUCGUCGACGGAGAAUGGGCGAGAGAGCGCGCGCAGGGGAGGAACUAAAAUUUAAAAAAAGUUUAACUAAAAAUGGCUUCCUUGUCUUUGGAGUCUGCAGAACAAUCUGAGAAUAGCACGGAGAAUCCUACCCAAGAGGCCGCUCCGGUGAAAGAGGAGACGGAUCCGGAUGAAGUUUCGGAACAAUUGCUAAAAACUUUUCAGAACUCGGCGCUUAGCUUUUCGACCGAUCAAGUAGCAUGUCUGUGCGAAGCCCUUCUACAGGCAGGCAAUGUGGAUCGCCUGUGGAGAUUCCUAUCAACCAUCCCUCCUUCGGCCGAGCUGCUACGUGGCAACGAGACGUUGCUCAAGGCCCAGGCACUGGUCUCUUUCCACCGGGAAGAAUUCAAGGAGCUGUACGCAAUAUUGGAAAGCCACGACUUCCACCCGAGCAACCAUGGGUUCCUGCAGGACCUCUACUUGCAGGCGCGCUACAAGGAGGCGGAGAGGUCCCGAGGUCGUAGCCUGGGCGCCGUGGACAAGUAUCGCCUUCGGAAGAAGUUUCCCCUGCCGAAAACAAUCUGGGAUGGAGAGGAAACGGUAUAUUGUUUCAAGGAGAAGUCUCGCAAUGCACUGAAAGAGUGUUACAAAAGCAACAGGUACCCCACUCCAGACGAGAAGAAAAACUUGGCCAAUGUGACUGGACUCUCCCUCACGCAAGUCAGCAAUUGGUUCAAGAAUCGACGGCAGAGAGACCGAACCCCGUCUGGUACCAACAGCAAAAGUGAGUCCGAUGGUAACCACAGCACAGACGAUGAGGGUGACGACAUCUCAGACAAACUAGAGGACAUUGUGGGCUCCGCAGCCUCCAUCAUCUCCCUCUCUGGUACCCCCUGCAGCACUGGGGGCCAGAUCUUCCUCAACGGGGCUGGUGGGUUCCUCGCCGCCUCCCACCCCUUACUCCUCAAUAGGGGCUCCCUGAUCUCCGGGGCAGGGGGUGGCGUCAUCAUCAACGGGCUGACACUGAGCGAUGGUCACACGGUUACCCUCAGCCCAAUAUCGGCUAACUCGCCUCUGCUCUUCAAUGGAGCGCAAGUCAUAUCCAAAAGCAGUGCGGUUCUGCAGGAUAUGGGUCUGGAGGGCCAGGGGGUUACAGCCAUGGAGGCCCAGCCCAGCUCGGUCAUCUCCCUCCCCCUGACAGAGGACGGUAAGAUGGACAGCGUUAGCCUGACGAACCCCUCGACUAUCCCCACCCUGGACUUCAUCAAUGUCCCAGAGGGGAUGGUUCUCAAAGCCGAGGACAUCCAGACAGUCUCUCCUUCCCCCUCUUCUUCCUUGUCUUCCCCCUCAACAUUCUCCCCCACCUCCCUCCCCUCCCUGGUUCUGACUCAAAAUGGCCACCUCUCCAACACCUUCCCGGUCUCUAAGUCAUCCCCGGGCGUGGUCAUCUCCAGCCCUGUAGUGAGCCUCCCCAACCAGCAGGGGGAGUAUGUUGUGUUUGCCACAGCUGGUUCUCAGCUCACCCCCUCCAGCUCCAUCUGCCAGGUGGUGUCAUCCUACAGCUACUCCAGCCCACAGGUAUUCUCCCUGCCUCAGGUGGUGCCCUCCAUCCAGGGUGUCCCUGUAUCCCAACUGGUCCAACACAACCCUGGAGGCCAGUGUCCCCAGUUAGUUCCUGUCCCCCCCCUCACCUCCUCCCUCCCCCAGGGCACCCUCUCCCAGUUCCAGGGCCACCAGCCUCUGAACAUUGCCCCCCACCUCGCCCAAUCCCUCCCCCAGCAUCAUACUGGUUCCUCUACAUUGGGAGCGGGAUCCACCAUCCUCUCCCUGUCCCAGCUCACCAAUGGACAGCUCCCCCAGGGACUCACACUCCAGUUGGGUGACCAGACCUCAGCUACGAUCCCCACUCUGACACAGAUCCAGUCCCCACUAGGCCAUCCCCAGAUCAUCUCCUCCCCUACCCAUGUGGUUCCUGUCUCCCAGUCCAAAGAGACAACCCCAGCUCAGUUGGUUUCCCUGCCCCAGCUGGUGCCUGUCUCCUCCGCGGGACAACUCUCCUUCUCUCAGGUCGGCCCGGCCACCCCUUCUCUAUCUGGAGGUGCUUUCCAGAUCCUAGCCUCGGCCACUGGAGGUGGGAUGCCUCAGGGGCCCUUUAGGAUAAACCAACUGGGACCCCUCCAGACUGUAGGCCCGCCGACCAGCAUGGCUCCUAGUGUCCAGCUCCUCAACUCUGGGGUCAUUCAGCUCCCCUCCGCCUCGCCAGGGAAUCUCCUCUAUGGUGGAAGCCCCAUCCUGAGUUACCAGAACGGCAAGCUGAUCCUAACUAUCCCGGCUGGCAUCCAGUUCGGCAGCCUGCCCAUGAAACCCGUCCCUGAGGCUUCUACCCACCCCACCAACGGAGUAGGCCCCGGACUCACACUCAACCCUGUCAUCCACCCUACACCUACCCUCAUCCCAGUCUCCACCUCUGUCUCAACCUCCAACACCCUCCAGACGUCCCCCCUCUGCUUCAUCAACUCUCCGCUCUACUGCACUCAUGAGAUGGGUGUCCCCACCAACCAGACCCUCUCCACCACCUCCCUACACACCCUGGACCUCUCUGCCACCCACACCCCUCCCAAUGCCCUCACCCCAGAGAGCAUGCUCUCGCUCAGCCCCAUGUGCAGCGGAGUGACCCCCACCACUCAGCUCUCCCAGACCACCUGGAGCCCUGUCCCCCUCUCCACCUCUGCCAGCCUGACUAUGUUUGACGUCCGUGGGAAGGGGGAUCGUCCCGAGGAUCCGGCUCUGCUGGGCCUACCUGGAGGCGAGGCACUGCUACUGGGGAGCCCCUCUCCAGAACAGGAUGUGGACAGGGUGUCGCCAUUGGGGGACCCAGAGGAGAUGGAUGGAGAGCCCAAGAUCCUCACCCAGCUACAAUCAGUCCCUGUGGAUGAUGAGUUGGGGCUGUAAUCCAGUCCCAGUCCCCCUCCACAACCCACAUCACCAUAAAAUCAGUCAGCAAGACUACAUGUUACGGAACAACCUCAGUGCUCCCUUGGAUAGGUUUCAUUGAAGAGUGGACUGGCUUUGACUCGUAUGAGGAAUGUGCUUUGACAAAAAAAAAUCCUAGGCGAUGAUCCUUUUGGAUAAACCGUCACGGGAUAGGCUGAUUGUACGCAACAUGGAAUGACCUGGAGGAUGGCCUUGCAUAUAGGCUAGCCUGUUACCUGAUUUAUGUUACACAACUGUCCACUGCUUGGUUUCCACAGUUUUAGAACUCUUAUACUGUUGUCAUCUGCCUCCCAUAAGCCAAGAGCCCUUCCUGUGUCACAAAAUGGAGGAGCUGAGUCAACCGUGGGGAGUGAAAGUCUUAACUCUCCAAGCAAGGCACGGUUCCUUUUACUCGGCAUCAAGUUAAUUUCUAAGGACAUUCUGCGGCUUUUAUGCACAGACGUGCCCAUUUCAGCCAAGACUAUUUGUACUACAAGGGAAUGAAUGCCUUGGGUUUUAGUUGGCGUUGGGUUGAGCGGUACGCCACGGCCAGGUUCUUGUUUAAGUCUCUAAACUCCGCCAAAUGCAGACGCAGCCAAGCAUUAAGUCCUGUUGAAGUUGGACUGUGUGGUUCUGAAUGGCUGCUCACUUUGGUGCUGCUGAGUAUUGCACAGUUUAGCCUCAGUGAACGCAAACAGAAAGUGGGCUGACCGUGACACCAGAAACCCCCGAACACUCUAGCAUCGAGAUGGACUGUGUACUCCUCUCUGUCAGCAGUGUCACCACGUCAAAGGGCACAGGCUCCUCAUUUAACUACAGGUUGGCAUGCAAUGCUAAGCUCUGUCACGUCUGAGGUCUGUAGGAGGGAAUGGAGUCACCUGGGAUUUUCUUUGAAAACAUAUAUUUUUUGACUCUCUGCAAUCAAUGCAUGGUCCUCUGUAAAUAUGACCACGUGACAUGUAUUACAUAUGUAAGCCAGUCUAAUUAGGAUAGACCAAGCUUUAGUGAAGACAGGUUUCAUACACUACACACUCUGCUUGACCACAUGGUGCGAUAUUUGCGCCACAAUCGUACACUACUACAAAUUGUCUGAAUUUUUAAAUUUUAUUUUUAUUUGAUCUUACUUUUAUGGGUUUGAGCUCGACCUAAUAAGUGCCUUAUUAUCUAGUUGCUGAGGUUGGUGGGCCAGUGUGGGUUUUACUGCCUUUGGAUCUUCAAAGUGAAGAAUGUGUUCUACUCUUCACAAAAUGAAGCACCAUUGAGACAAGCAACUUCCCACGUGGAUGUCGAAUAUGACUUGUAAUAACCCGUAUCCCUCGCGAACUCCAGAGAAACGUAACGUGGCGCCCUUGGUUUGUACGGCCGUUGCUCUUUUAGCAUCACUAACGCCUACCAUGACAUAAUCCCCAUUGAGAACUCCCUCCUCAUUGUACGUUUUGCACAUUUCGUCCGUGUCAUGUUUACGCCUAAAGGUGAUGGCCAGAUUCUAUUUUGUAAAACCUGCUGCCUUUUCUCUGUUCUUCACGAAUUGCACUCACCGAUCUGAAGGGACGGGAUAGGUCGAAUUAGCUGGUUAGGUUGAGUUUCAAACAGCCUCUGUCUAUCCUGAUAUCAGCAACAGUGAGUCAUGAAGCGCUGAGAGCAGGUUACAGGUCUCCUAGAAUGGAAUGGUAUCCAGCGAGACUCUGUGCAGUUGUUCUCGCCAUACAGUACUCGCCAUCUCUCCAUAACCAAAGCACAGAUGGCAGUUCUCUGGCCAACAGUAAAACAACGCUAUUCUUCAGUGUCACUCCCAACUGUUGUGUUUUUAUAUUUGUGUGUUUUUGGUUAUUUUCUGUGUGUAUUUAAAGCAUGUAUUUGAAGCAUGUAUCAAUAAUUUUCUAGUAGUAACUUUGAAUACUUUGAAUGGAGAGGAACAAAACGAGCAGUCCUUGUAGAAGUAGAACACAUGGACAAAGGGAAAAAGCAUCAAUGGACCUUCCCAGGGGAUGGCUGGUUGUACAGUCUCAGAAUGUGUAGCUAAUGAUAAUCACCACUUCUCCAAUGAUAUUAUACACUUUUACAAUCUGAAUAGGAUGUGAAUUACCCAUCAAAGGAAUGUUACAUGUUGAGUAAAAAAAAAAAAAAAUCAUCGGUGUUUGGAAAUGUUUUGUUGGUUCUAAGGCAUUUUUUUCCAUACGAUACAGUGCAUGAGUUGGAGGCUAAAGGGAACGUGUGUUUUUGUUUGUGUAUCCCACUUGUCUACAUGUAGUGUUUUUUUAGUGUGUGGUGCUCCAAUGGCUGUUAGUGUCAGGUGCAGGAAUUUGUAA